AUGUCCAGGAGGAUCGGUUCCUAUCAGUCUGUACCCCAAGAGGAGCAAGACCUCGAUGAAUGUCGAGAAGUAUCUCUUGAAAAUGGAAAUGGAGAUUCCACUUCACUCAGCCCCGGCACCUACAGAGACAAGGAGACAUCUCAGAUCAGUCUACUGUACCAUCCGGCACCGUUGAAUGAAAAUUCUCUUCGUCUCUAUCGCCGUCUAUCCUUCCAUCUUGUCGUGACAAACACUGUUACCAUCCUAUUCUCUUUCUGGAUCCUAUACCUCUAUCGAGAGUGUCUUCAGCAAGGAUGUAAGUACCAGAAACCCCAAUACGAGAUACGAGGAGUAGCAGAGAUCCCAGUGCAAUGGACGACACGCAAGUUUCGCACCGGAGUCGAAGAGGGAGGACUCACGGACUUCAUCGGAGGCUGGAAUGAGCAUACAAAUGCGGCCUGGGAUACGAUUCUCGACGCUGGACUCAUCAAGCUAACGGAGGACCAAGCGAAGAGACUCCCCUUCAACACAACUAGAAAUCCUCAAGACCCCUCGACCUACGUCGGCGCCCUUGAAGUCUUCCAUCAGCUACAUUGUCUGAAUAAUAUCCGUCAUGGAUACUACGUUCCAGAAGCAAGGGAUCUGGUGCCCGAGCCAGGAAAGCUCCUAACACAUGCCGCCUACCUAGAUCAUUGCUUUGAUUAUUUGCGUCAGAAUAUCAUGUGUUGGUCGGAUACUACCAUUUCAUCGCUGGCUUGGUCGACCAUCCUUGACGGAUACUAUCCUCGGUUUGACCCGGUCAAGGAAUGUCUUGAUUUCGAGCAGAUACAUGCGUGGGCAACGCGAGAGGAGAAUUGGUUGCCUAAUGAUCCGGUGCAGGAUGGUUCUGGUUAG